AUGUCAUAUACACUUGCUGAGAUAGGCCAAAGACUUGAACGGUUGAAGAGCAACACUUUUGAGAAUUCUAUAUCAGCUAGUGCCCAGACUAGCAGUGUAGAAGAGGAAAAUAGUUCUUCUAGCCCAACGAGUGUAGAUUCUUUCGAUAACUCUAAUUCUGACAGAGAAGAAGAGAUGGCUGGCAAUAACGAUGACAACCGAGCUUUGGAAGAUUAUGCUCAACCAGUUAUACCAAAUUCACCUUCGUGCAUCUUGCUGCCUACUGAAGCUAGAAAUUAUGAUCUCAAAUCUUCACAUUUUCACAUGCUUCCUUCUUUUUAUGGUUUACCUAACGAAGAUCCAUUAGCCCAUAUUAAGGAAUUCUACAAUGUUGUGAGUGGUUUACCUUUGCAGGGAGUGAGUGAAGCAAAUCUGAGGAUGAGGGUUUUUCCUUAUACAUUGAAAGAUAGAGCAAAGGGUUGGCUAAUGACUUUAGCACCUGGUUCGCUCACCACUUGGGAUGCCGUAGCUAAGAAAUUUUUGGAGAAGUUUUUCUCUACUCAAAAGACAGCUACUUUGAGAGGGCAAAUCUUUAACUUUAAACAAGAUGAUGGAGAACCUUUCAAUGAAUGUUGGGAGCGUUUCAAAGGGCUGUUGCUGCAAUGUCCACAUCAUGGGUUACCUCUUUACUUACAAAUGCAAAUUUUUUAUGAUGGACUAACCCAAACAUGUCAAUCGACUGUUGAUAAUGCAGCAGGUGGAGCUUUGAAGAAAAAAAAUGCUCAAGAGUCAUAUAACAUUUAUGAGAUGUUGGGAUCUAAUGCUCAACACAAAGAUACAAGAGGUAAACGAGUUGGAGUGUAUGAAAUGAGUUCUAAUAAUGAUCUUGCCUUGCAGGUGGCUAGUUUGGAAAAGAAGCUCGAUUCUAUGCUCAAUAUGGUGCCUAAGAUAGCUGAGGUGUGUGCCAUUUGCAACAUACCAGGUCAUCCUACUUAUCAAUGCUCAGCUAGUGAGGCUUAUCCUGAAUUCGUUCAAGAGCAAGUGAAUCUCAUGAAUUCUUACAAUCAGAGGCCGAGGAAUGACCCGUUCUCUAAUACAUAUAACCCUGGUUGGAGAGAUCAUCCCAAUCUCUCAUGGAAGAAUAACAAUCAAUUUCAAAAUUUCCAACCAAAGCCUGCCACUACGCUUGAAGAUACGGUCAAAAUGCUAGCUCAAAACACCGUUCAAUUCUAG